AUGACGCUGUUAAAUAUAGUUUGUAGUUUUCUGUUUACGCUCAUUGUGACUGUGACUCCCCAAAGCCGAUUUCCAUCACCACCGGUCGAGCUUCGUGGUUUAUGGUGCAUAUCAGAGCAGAAUAUAAGCCAGCAAACGUACACUCAACAGCUUGGUCAAGCCUUUUUCUAUAAUAACGAAACAUUUACCAUCAAUUUCUUGAUUGAUAUUCGCUUUACUUGGUUAAACCAUUUUCUCGCAAUCAACGAUACGGAUGGCAAGGGUAACUAUCAAGUAUUUACCGAUACAACUCAAGGUCCACCUCAAUUUAUCAAUGUGAGUUCAUGCUUCUGGAGACAACUUCUUCCUAAUGGAGAUCUCCUUUGGGGUCGACAAUCAAAUGGUACAUGUACGCCUACAUUUGAAAAUGAAACUGGUCCAAUCGCUACUCUCUACACUCGUAAUAAUCCGAACUGCCAAUUAUUCAAUGAUGAAGGUUCCUUCGAAAGCCUUACUGAUACAGCCUAUGAGUCAGAACUCUUGCGAUUUGAUCAAUUGUUGAUAAAAGAAAAACGAAAAACUGUUGUAUUCUUCGGCAGCUCGUCGUUUCGUUUAUGGCCGACACUUUCGAAAGAUUUUGCCGAUGUGCCUAUCGGAGUCAUUAAUCGUGGUUUUGGUGGCUCGUCUCUGAAAGAAUGCUGGCAACAGUUCAAACGAAUUGUUUUACCAUUGGAACCAACCGCAUUGAUUGUUUAUGCCGGUGAAAAUGAUGUUGCUGCUAAUGAGACUGCAUCGGCUGUUUUCUCGUAUUUCCAACAGUUCAUUCCAACUGUUCGACGUUUCUAUCCAUCGUUGCCCAUUGCCUACAUUUCGAUAAAGCCAAGUCCAAGUCGUGUAGGUAAACUUGCAAUCAUGAACGACACUAACAAUCGUAUUCGAGACAGUAUUAAAAGUUUGACCAAUGUCGAUUACAUUGACGUGUUUAGCCUGAUGCUUACAUCUGACAAUAAGCCACGUCCGGAACUAUUCGGUCCAGAUGAGUUGCAUAUGAACGCAGAAGGUUAUGCCAUUUGGACACCAUUAGUGAAAGACUUUUUGAAGAAAAACGGAAUAAUAUCAAACGCGGAUAGAAAUCAAUAUAGUUUUAUAUUGAUGACUCUUAUCGCUUUUGUAUGUCAUUUCAUUCUUUUUCAAUAA